UACCAGUGCCCCUGGGAUUAUGCCUUGGGGACUCACCUUAAGACAAUCUUGCUCUUGAGACAGAGAAGUCUGCAAAUGGUGUCCAAUUAACUGAAGUCUAGAGACUGGCUGAAGCCAGACAGGGAGUGUGAGGAGGGAGCAGAGAAUCUUCAGAAAGACAUUCCGAAGUCUCAGGCCUAGAAAAUGUUUAGAAAUAUUGUUUCUUGUGUUCCCCUCCAGUCUGUCUACCUGAAUAGGAAACUGGUGGUGGGGCCAGGCAUGCUUAUUUUUGAACAAAUAAACAGUUAAUUCUGAGAUGCCACCUUGAUUGAGAAGCACUGUCCUUUUCUAAGCAAAAAUCAUCGCCAAAAUUACCCUAGAAUCCACCACUGCUCAGAGAUCUGUGCCUGAACCAACUUGGUUAUGAAGUUUUCCUUUGUUUCACGAAACUAGUUUAGGGUGGGCUGUGGGAGGAAGUUUCUAAAAAGCCACUGGGGAAGGACUGAGUCUCUGAGGCGAAAGAGGGCGGACUCAGCCUCACUUCCUCCUUCUUCUCAUCUGGGCUUCCUGUCGUCACAGCACGAUCAUAUUUUUUCGCCCUUUACUUCUCCUUUUACACAAAUAGCCCCGGAUACCCGUGUUACCAGCCUUGUCUCAGCCACCUCAAGGAUAAUCACUAAAUUCUGCCUAAAGGACUGAGGAACGGUGUCUGGAAAAGUCUGGAACACUUCCUGCGUUUUUCUUGCCGUUGAUAUUCCUGGAGAGUAAGGGCAAGAAUAUCACAGCAUGGGCAUGAGUAGCUUGAAAUUGCUGAAGUAUGUCCUGUUUUUCUUCAACUUGCUCUUUUGGAUCUGUGGCUGCUGCAUUUUGGGCUUUGGGAUCUACCUGCUGAUCCACAACAACUUCGGAGUGCUCUUCCAUAACCUCCCCUCCCUCACGCUGGGCAAUGUGUUUGUCAUUGUGGGCUCCAUUAUCAUGGUAGUUGCCUUCCUGGGCUGCAUGGGCUCCAUCAAGGAAAACAAGUGCCUGCUUAUGUCGUUCUUCAUCCUGCUGCUGAUUAUCCUCCUUGCCGAGGUGACCUUGGCCAUCCUGCUCUUUGUAUAUGAACAGAAGCUGAAUGAGUAUGUGGCUAAGGGUCUGACCGACAGCAUCCACCGUUACCACUCAGACAAUAGCACCAAGGCAGCGUGGGACUCCAUCCAGUCAUUUCUCCGGUGCUGUGGUAUAAAUGGCACGAGUGAUUGGACCAGUGGCCCACCAGCAUCUUGCCCCUCAGAUCCAAAUGUGGAGGGUUGCUACGCGAAAGCAAGACUGUGGUUUCAUUCCAAUUUCCUGUAUAUCGGAAUCAUCACCAUCUGUGUAUGUGUGAUUGAGGUGUUGGGGAUGUCCUUUGCACUGACCCUGAACUGCCAGAUUGAUAAAACCAGUCAGAGCAUAGGGCUAUGAUCUGCAAUUGUCCUGUGGUGAAGAGACUUGUUUCAUCUCUGGAAAUGCAAAACCAUUUAUAGCAUGAAGUCCUAAAUGAUCACCUGCUGGAUGAUCCUCCUCCCAGCCUGUCCCUUUUUAGGUCCCUGUCUUAUACAACCAGAGAAAUGGGUGUUGGCCAUGCACAUCCCACCUCAGGCAGCAAGACAAUCUUUCACCCACUGAUGGCAGCAACCAUGUCUCUCAAAGUGGUGAAACUAAUAUCUGAGCAUUUUUGAGACAUGAGAGGCAAAGAGAAACUGGAUCUAAUGGCCCAACAUCAAAAGGUGAACCCAGGAUAUGAAUUUUUGCAUCUUCCCAUUGUCGAAUUAGUCUCCAGCCUCUAAAUCAUGCCCAGUCUUCUCCCCAACGUCAAGCAAGAGACAAGUUGAAGGGAAUUCUGGGGCCAGGCUCACUGGACCAUUGUGGCAACCUUCUGUUUCUCUUUGACUAAGAGCCCUGGUUACAGGAAUUACACAGUUCUCUUUCUCCAAAGGGCAAGAUCUCAUUUCAAUUUCUUUAUUAGAGGGCCUUAUUGAUGUGUUCUAAAUCUUUCCAGACAAAAACUAUCCAGUGAUUUACAUCCUAACUUCAACCAGUAACUUAGCUGAUAAUCACAGUAAGAAGACUUCUGGUAUUAUCUCUCUAUCAGAUAAGAUUUUGUUAAUGUACUAUUUUACUCUUCAAUAAAUAAAACAGUUUAUUAUCUGAAUCA